CCGGCAGGACUCUCCCUCCGCCCUCUCUAUCUGGCCCGCGAGGUGUUCGCUCGCAGUGCUAGUGUGCGGAGCCGCUUCGAGCCAAAGGAUGAUGCGCGCGCUCCAAAUGGUCCUCUGCGCUUUGGCGCUGCAGGUCGUGUACCGCGUUCAUUCCCUUCCGCUAACGGAGAAGAAAAUCAGCCACAGGUACAAAGCAACGGCGACUUGGCCUGAGAAAUCUCCUCAUUAUGGACUCAAGAAGAGAAGCAGGCUGCCUCACAUCCAGGACACUCUGCAGGACGACUCGGGCGCUAUGAAGGGAAGCCACAGGAAGUCCAGCGUCUCCAGGAACGACACAGACCUGUGGAAGCGGCGCCGCUGUGGAGUCCCAGACUAUCCCGGCCAGACCCGAGGCACAGGGCUCGGCUACCUCCCCACAGCAGGAGCCCAUGGAGCACGUCACCGACGCAAGCGCUUUGUCUUAUUUGGAGGGCGGUGGGACAAGACUGAUCUCACUUAUAAGAUCAUGCGUAUACCCUGGCAGAUGAAUAAGGAGCAGGUUCGGCAGGUGUUGCAGGAGGCGCUGCAGGUCUGGAGUGAUGUCACACCCCUCACCUUCACGGAGGUCCCCAGUGGCCGCGCUGACAUCGUCAUCGACUUCACCAGGUACUGGCACGGCGAUAAUCUGCCCUUUGAUGGCCCCGGGGGCAUUCUGGCGCACGCCUUUUUUCCCAGAACUCACCGGGAGGGCGACAUUCACUUUGACUAUGAUGAAACCUGGACCGUGGGUAAUAAUAUGGGCACUGACCUGCUGCAGGUGGCGGCCCAUGAGCUGGGUCAUGUGCUGGGCCUGCAGCACUCGCUGGUCCCCGGCUCCAUCAUGUCGCCCUUCUACAGCUUCUCCUACCCGCUGCGUCUAAGCGAUGAUGACAAGCGCGGCAUCCAGUACCUGUACGGCUCACGCAGCUCCCCAGAGAGGACUCCGCCCCCGGUCAGCACAGAGACCAAUGAGAUCGAGCCUGCAGUGCCUGACGCCUGUCAGACGAGUUUUGACGCCGUGUCAGUGAUCCGAGGGGAGCUCUUCUUUUUCAAGUCCCGCUACGUGUGGCGCCUCCGAGACGGGCACCUGCAGCCUGGCUACCCGGCUCUCGCCUCCCGCCACUGGAGAGGAAUCCCAGACAACAUCGACGCCACCUUCGAGGACAAGACCGGGAACAUCUGGUUCUUCCAAGGUAAAAGUUAUUGGGUGUUUGAUGGGGAGCGUCAGAUCAGCGGGCCCGACUCCGUGCAUCACCUGGGGCUCCCCGUGACCCACCUGCAGGCGGCGCUGCUGUGGGGCGAGGACUCGGCCCAGAGGACCUACUUGUUCAAGGACGGGAGCUACUGGCGCUUCAACCCACAGGAGAACCGCGUCGACUCCACCCACCCCAGGAACAUGCACGACUGGAGGGGGGUACCCAGCCACAUCGACGCCGCUUUUCAGGACAAAUACGGCUAUGCACACUUCCUAAGUGGAAAGAGGUACUGGAAGUUUGACCCUGUGGAAGUGCGGGCGCUGGAAGGCUACCCGCGCUACGUGGGCAUGGACUUCUUCGACUGCCCCGUGUCACUGUACCAUUAGUGGUGAAGGAGGGUGACCCCUCUUAAGGAGAACUUUGGACCCCGACAAGAAGCCUCUUGGUGCUCCAACAUCCCAUGUUUGUUCUUGCGGACAAUGACAGGUUUCUCUCCCCUGAGCUUAGCCCCAUAUUUAUGUUGUUAUUGACACUCCAAAUAGUUCGAUCUGACCUGC